AUGGGGGUUCCCGUGCCUGGAGAGAACGGCCUCUUGGGCGCUUUCUGGAAGAGGCUGCGGCGCACCUGCAGACCCGGCGGCGGCGGCGGCGGCCCGGGAGGCAGCGGCGGGCGGCGGAGCGCCGACGAGAUACACCUGCUGCAACAGAAGAAGUAAGUGAGCGCGGGCGGCGGGCGACCUGCAGUCGAUAUUCCUGCCUAGCAAGGGAGGGAAGGGGCGGCCGGGGCCGCUGCAUCGCCUCGGAAGAAACGCGAAGGAAUGCAGGAACCCCUUUCCCGGGCGCAGCUAAGUUGGCGCCCUGCAACUAGAAAGCUAGCGCAGCAGGACAUGGGGAGGGCUGCGACAUGUUUAAGGCAUUCGAGUGGUGUUUGUUUGCUGUACCUCCCUCAGGAUUCUGCCGUCGCGUUUUGCAUUUUGGAAAUAGACUGCACUUCUAAGGGGGCAUGUGAAUUGCAAUGGCAUGUUUCUCUUCCUCCCCAAAGCUUUCACCACAGAGGUGGCUGUCCUUCCCUUGGUACUUGGGGAGGCUGCAUCCCUGGGAGCAAAUGGGAAGUAUCUGUCUCCCCCAGUGCAAAUCGGUGUGGGGUGUCUGGUCCAGAGAGGAACGCAGCAGGUUUAAAACCCAUUUCCCCACAUGUCCCAGUCUGGGUUGCACCUUGCAUGUGCCUUUUACGUUCUGUGUAAAUGCCGUUGAGACUAGGGUUUGUAUCAGUCUGGUUUUGCUCUUCUCCCCUCUUCAGGAAAAAGUGUGUGUGUGUAUUGAAGGAAUGUAUUUCUAGAUACAGAUAGCCCUCUUGGAUAAAGAAUUAAUGAUUAAAUGGCAAAAACAAGAAAAGAAGAAAGAGACAAUCCCGUUCAUUUUAAUACCAUUUUUAAAAAAAAUAUUUCAUAAAAUUAAUACACCGCUUAGAAUCAUGGAAUUGUGGAGUUGGAAUGCACCAGAAGGGCCAUCUAGUCCAACCCACUGCAAUGCAGGAAUCUUUGUGCCCAACGUGGGGAUUAAGAGAGAUUAAGAUUCUCACGCUCUACUGACCGAGCUGUUUUGCUAGCUUGAUGGUAAAAAAACCACAUCAAAGUAGUUUACAAAAAGAAUGAAGCGAUAAAAUUUGGUAAAACCAGUUAAGAACAACUACUUAAACGUUUUAAAAUUAAAAAUGGCAAUCGAAACACAUCAACAUUCUAGAUAUCUGGGUAGGCUGGUCUAAACAGAAAUGUUUUUAGUACCCAUAACAUUGUGGAUACAUUCAUACUUCAUACUAACCAUAUUCAUAUUAUCAAUUAUCAGCACAAAUAUAAUGAUAAUGCACAUUUCCCAAAGUCUGAUAGACUCACAGAAUUGUGGAGUUGGAAAGGGACCAUGAGUGUCAUCCAACAAACUCCUUGCAGUGCAGGAAUCAUUUGCCCAACACGGGGCUCAAAACCAUGACACUGAGAUUUAGUGUCUCAUGUUGUACUGACUGAGCUAUCCCAGGGGAUAAUAAAUUGACCUAAUUUUUGCCAUGUACCAUACGUAGUAUUUGGACCCACUUAAUAAACUUCAUUUAAUAGAAUCUGUUGUAUUGCAUUGAAUACAUAGGGUAUUGAGUUGGGCAGAGACACAGGUGUUCUUGACAAAUAGUUAUUGUUGGGGGGGGGGGGAAUCUGAAGAUUCCCGUCCCCUUACAGUCCUCCCUUGUCUGGCCUCAGGAGAAAAGCAGUGCUUCACAGAUUAUACUGCACAGCAUUCCUUAGAUGGAAGUCAGCUCACUCAUGUACUUGUAACACAAUCAGUUCUCACACCAAAUAUAACUGCCUGAGGGGUUUUGUUUUUUGUGUCUCCUGUGCAUUGCCUGAGGUCCUUAAUCUCCUGUGCAUUGCAGUCAUUUGCUGGCUGGCACUGGCUUCUGGAAGAGGCUGCAUCACUGCACCGAUCAUAACAGUUUCUCUUUGAAAACAACAACUUAAUGACCUAAGAAAGUUUGCUCUUACAAGAGAUCUGGUUGUGCUUGUUACAGAAGAGCUGUUUCCAACUCAAAACACAUUUUACUCUCUGGAUAACAAGUUAUGGGUUGGUGGAAAGGAUGCAGCACUUUCACGUUGCCUCUAUGUAUGUGUGGAAGCUGCAUUUUCAUGUACUAGCAUCAAUAUGUGUUUGCGCCUACUUUGGAGGUUUAACUUCUAAAGAGCUGGCGGGAGAGGACAGAAGCAUGGCAAUUCUUUCAAUAUAGAGUGAUAAAGUUUUGGAAAUGCAUUCCCUCAAAUCACUCCAAAAGGCAAAAUAGAGACAAUAAUUUACUGGGAACAGCUAUCAGAAAAUCAGAGAAUGCCCUAAUCAAUAGGGGCAACUAGAACAUGUCUAUUUUUCCUGCCUAUUUUUUUUAAAGAGGCUGAGCGUUUAACAGAACCCGCUUCUCUUUCAUCCCCCUUCAAAUUAGUUAUGUCUCAUUCAUACAGUAAUUUCUUUACCCAACCAAGGGUGACCCGAGACUAUGUUUGCACCUGAGACAGAAUAUCCAAAUGCAAACCACCUCAAUCCAGCAAUAUGCACCUGAUCAAAACAUAUGUGUGUUGUUCCGAGUAGGUAUGCAGUUAUUCAAGAUGUUUCCUCUCAAGCAUCUUCGUUGAUCUGUUUUGGUACUCAUAAACCAUUCUGUUUUAUCAAAGUGUAAGGACCACACAUCCUCAAGGUGUCCUGAAAACUUGUUUGUAAAGAAGACUUGAUUAUUAAUUCAAUAGCUGUCCGUCUCAUGCUGAUGAAAAUUGAUUGCCUGAGGUUGCUUUUCACACCUUCCUAAAAGGUUUUCAUCAUCAUGUUUCAAUAGGCCAAAGAGACAUCAGCUUAAUGGGGAAGGAUGGGAUGUAGAUGUUGCUGGUUUUGUUCAGGACUGUGCAAAAUAUGAACUGAUACUUCGCAGUGAUGCCAGAGAUUUCCUGUAAGAAAAUGGUGAACAGCCUUGGCCUUCCUGUGAGAGUGUUUUUGCUUCCAAUGCUAAGAGUGCAUUUCUUAAGGGCAUUUUCAAAGGCAAAGGCAGACCUAUCAUGAGGCAAGCUGAAGAGGCUGUGUCAGGUUUUGGGUGUUAUUAAGAGCAGUUGAGUUGGAGAUAAAUAGGUUUAGCUCAUUACUAGGCUAUUCUAUUGCACAGCCUGUGCUCAUUUCCAUGAGGCUUUUGCAGGAGUACUGCCCACUGUAUUGCACUCUCUUGAGUUACUGAAGGCUUGGAGUGCCAUUUUGAGUAAACUCCUCUUUAGGGAUGAAAAUGGCUUGGUCUGGUCCUGUUCACAAGUGACACUAAAAGCACCUUGAUGGCUUAUUUUAUGCCUUGAUGAGUGAAUGUUCUUAACACAAAGAUUUCAGCUAAGUUAUUUUAGAACCUGAACUUAAUGCCACCCCCCAAUAGCUCCACAUAUUGCCUGUAUUGACUCAAAAGCCGAGAGUGGUAUAGCAAUGGAGAUAUUGCAAGAAAGUGAAAUGUACUCCUUAGAAAUAUUACUUCAUCUGAAUCACUCUAGAGAAAAAUCUGAAGACCAUUCCCAAUCAACAUGAGUGCCAGGGGAGGAGAGAUUGUUAUUAGCAUCUUGGGUAUCUGUUUCCCCAGAUGUGCCUGGAAUUGUGUUCUGCCAGAGACAGGAUACAGGACUGAAGUAGUUUGAACCAGCAAGGAGGUUAUUGUGCUCUCUAUUUUUUGUGCUUGAGCUGUAGUAUUGAAACCUAUGAUGUAAGUACAUACAUACAGUCUUUAUUUCGGUCCAAAGAACCACAAAAACAUUUUCAAAAGCAUAAUAAAACAGAAAUACAGGGAAAGGAUUCCAAGGCAGUCACUAUGUUUUAUCCAGAGCAUGUAGGUUUCUAUUUCUUAUUACUUUUGAGAGGAAUUUAGCCACUGCCAGGGUAGUAUAAUUUGACAUAUCUCCAAGGAGGUACUUAAGGUAGAAGAUUUCGGAUUUUCCAGUUAAGUUUACCAAUAGGGGUUUAAUUAAUUGAUCCCUGGCUUGUUUGAACUGCUCACAGUGUAGUAGGAUAUGCUUCAUAGAGUCAAGACCCUGAGAGCAUAAGCAGAUAAGGGAUACCAGACAGUCUGCUGUUUAGUAUUUCUGAUGGAAAUACAUUUAGUCUGGCUUUGGUGAACAAUUGGCGGUAGUUAGGUACAGACAGGGACGCGGGUGGUGCUGUGGGUUAAACCACAGAGCCUAGGACUUGCAGAUCAGAAGGUCAGCGGUUUGAAUCCCCGCGACGGGGUGAGCUCCCGUUGCUUGGUUCCUGCUCCUGCCAACCUAGCAGUUUGAAAGCACAUCAAAGUGCAAGUAGAUAAAUAGGUACCACUCUGGCAGGAAGGUAAGCGGCGUUUCCGUGCGCUGCUCUGGUUCACCAGAAGCGGCUUAGUCAUGCUGGCCACAUGACCCGGAAGCUGUACGCCAGCUCCCUCAGCCAAUAAAGCGAGAUGAGCACCGCAACCUCAGAGUUGGUCACGACUGGACCUAAUGGUCAGGGGUCCCUUUACCUUUACCUAGGUACAGACAGAUAAAUGAAAUACAAUGGUAACUGAAAAUCAUGGCUAUAGCAGAUUCCAGAUGCAAAUGGUCCACAGGUUACAUAAGAUCUAGAGUGAAUAUUGCUGUAUGAAAUAUCCCAUAACCUCUUCCUCAGGGAUUUAAGGGAAAUAUUGUAGCCCAGAUGAUGUAAAAAGGAUGGUGAAAGACCAACUGAGGAGGCUUUGUGGGCCAUAGUUUUUGACCAUGAGCUGAUAGACUCCUCAUUUAGAUGAAAAAACAAUCCCUUCCCCAGGCCAAAUACUGAGAUCUUUAGCCAGUAUUUCAAGGCAACCCACCACGCUUUGGUGGAAAGUGGGCAGUCACCUGUUUCCAACAAUAGAAUUGAAUUAGGGACACAGUUUGGAACCUGAAGUAGGGACCGAAGGAACUUAGCCUGGAACCCAUCUAACUUAGGAAACAGACCAUUGUACCAGACGUCUGAAGCAUAAAGGAGUUGGGAAACAGAUUUCGCUUUAAAGGCCCUUAUGGCUGAUGGAACAUAGAGACCACCUUUUGUGAAAAAUAAAUGGAGUAUAGCAAGUUUGCUCAUCUCCGCCUUCUGACAGAUAAUCUGCCAGUGGCAAUUCCAGGACUUUGUGUGGUGAAACAACAGCCCUAGGUACUGGAAGCAUUUAGUCAGCUCUAGAUUGUGGCCAUUUGCAAGGAGAAUAUCUUUUCUCAAAAAUGAAACUUUUUGAUUUCUCAUAGUUGAUGGAUAACCUGUUUACAGAACAGUAAUCUGAGAACUUCAUUUGCUGGUAUUUCAAAUCAGGUCUGGAACAAGAGAGGAUGGCCGCAUCAUCUACAUAUAGCAAAAGAGGGGUCUUUCUGGUACCUCUUUUUUGGGAGAUGACCAUCUAGGUUCAUUAGACUAAAUCAUUUAGGAAAAGGCUGUGGGCGCAAAAAUACAGCCCUGUCAUCCUCCCCUAGCCAUCUCAAUACAACCUGAAAGUUGGUCCUGCAACCCACAUCUAACCUGCAAUUUGCUAUCACUGUACAGAGCUUUAAUAAGGAAGAAGAGUCAACGAUGCAACUUAUUUUUGCUUACAGGGUGGUGAUGCCUAUAAUAUUCUGUACCUCUUCAGUUUGCAGCUUGAUUCCAACCAUGUCAGCUCAGAAGUAAGUCUCACUCCAUUCAAGGAGACUUAUUCCUGAUCAUUAUUUACGGCUGCUGUUUCUAUGCAGGAUAUACCGUAUUUUUCACUUUAUAAGAUGCACCAGACUUUAAGAUGCACCUAGUUUUUGGAGGAGGAAAACAAGAAAAAAUAUAUUCUGUGCAGCGAUCCCUCUUGCUGUUCUGGCUUCUGGGAUAGCUGCGGGAAGCCUCUUCAGGGCAGGGGGAGCGUUCCUCCUGCUGCCCUGAAGAGACUUCGUGUGGCUAUCCCAGAAGCCAGAACAGCAAGAGGGAUUGCUGCGCAGCGAUCCCUCUUGCUGUUGUGGCUUCUGGGAUAGCUGCGCAGCCUGCAUUUGCUCCAUAAGACGCACACACAUUUCCCCUUACUUUUUAGGAGGGAAAAAGUGAGUCUUAUAGAGCAAAUUGUUUGUAAUAGAAGUCUGUGGAUGUUUAAAACAGUGUGACAUAAGUCUAAUACAGUGGUACCUCCGGUUGCGGACGGGAUCUGUUCCGGAGCUCCGGUUGGAUCCUGGGGUUUUCACAACCGGAUGUGCCUGUUCUGCGCAUGCACGCAGUGCAGUAGAGAGCUUCUGUGCAUGCGCACGGUAAAUCCCGGAAAAAUACUUCUGGGUUUGCUGCGUGCGUAUCCCAAAGGAUCCGUAACCAGAGGUGCACGUAAGUAGAGGUAAAGGUAAAGGACCCCUGACAGUUAAGUCCAGUCGCGAACGACUCUGGGGUUGUGGUGCUCAUUGUGCUUUACUAACCGAGGGAGCCAACGUUUGUCCGCAGACAGUUUUCCCGGGUCAUGUGGCCAGUGUGACUAAGCCGCUUCUGGUUAAACCAGAGCAGCGCCCACUGUAUAAUUAAAUGGCAGGAUGAUAAGUUAGUAGAAUGGUCUGUAUCCAUUUAUAUUGUAUGUGGGGGGAUACCAAUUUUGAAUACACCCCUCCCCCCCCAAAAAAACCCUACCUCCCUGCAAACAGCAGUCUAGCAGCAGAGUGAGAGAUACUAGCCGAGAUCUUGCCUGUUUGUGCUGGUUUUUUAUUUCCAGGAAAUUUGAAAAACAGGGGAGGUUUAAAAAAAUGUCAUUCCUCCACUUGUAGGCUCAAGUGAUAAGGCCCAUCCUAUCACCCCAGAAUUCUUUCACCCCAUUCUGCUGCAUGUGUUGACCAGACUAAAGACAUGAAACUAUUAAAUUAAAUUUAUAUAGUAUGUGCUGGAAUGUGGGUUGCGUGGCUGGGAGUUCGGAAUAAGCUCCCCAACACAAAGCCAAGAGCAGUCAAUUCCAUACAUGUAGCAAUAAAAAAAUCAUUGCGCUCCUCAAAGUCUUAUUCUCAGUUGCCUAUCUUGGCAAUGCCACGUAUUUGUGUUAGUUUACAAGGAUUUGGGGUGUGGUUGGUUCUCUUUAGUCUCACCCAUAUCUAUUUUUUUUUCCAUUUGAAGAGUUUACAAAGCAAUUAAAAUAAAGAUCCCUGUGAUUUUUGUAAGCACAAAACCAACUGUUUUAUGCUUUAGAGCAGGGUCAUCCUGGUGAUUUACAAAGGGAUAGGGAGAACCUUUCAUCUGUAAGCCGAUGAAUACAGUUUAUCUCCCAUUGUUAAUUAGAAGUGGAUAAAAACUGGUGACUGCUCUUGGUAAUGCACGGUAGGUGUUUAUUUUGUGGUAGCCUUUUGUCUGUGAAAGCAGGGGAAGGUAAAUUAACAUUGCUCAGUGGACAAGAGCUAUGGACUUGAAAAUACUGCAAUCAUGAAUUAGCUGGUUCGGUUCACACGUAACACUAGCCCAAACCCCUACUUAGCAUGCAAAUGUGUGGGAUACCCAGAGAGGAGACCAUGGCUGCUUUGUUCCUCCCUGAUGGUCUUGUUGCUGUGCUGUGCUAAGCUGUUGUUUGGCUUAGUUUGUCAUCCAGACCUGGGCUCACGGCUUAACUCUCUCUUCUGACAAAGCAAGCUGUAACCAAGGGUCUGGUUCUGUGGUUUGCAACUGAUGGCUUACCUAGAUGAGUGAAACUUCAAGCCUGGGUUCCUGACUCCCAUCAGCACCAACCAGUACAGCCAGUGGGAGCUUGGGAAUCCCAACAAGUUCUGGAGAGCCACAGGUUCAUCAGUUCCUGUUCUAAGUGAUCUCCAGGGCCAAGACUGACCUCUUCCACCUUCAGUUUUCAAGAUGUAUUUAUUGUUCCUCCCAGUUACUCUCUCCCAUGUGAAAGGCAUGUGCCUGGUUCACAUGACUUGCGUGAGAGUGCGGACAUGUGGAGAGGAGCUUGCAACCACUUUGCUCCUCUCCAAACCUUUUCACUGCUAUGCUGCUCCCAGCUAAACCAAGGUUUGGCUUAGUGUGUCCCGUAAACCAAUCCACUGAGUCUGGAAGAACAGUGCUGGCGAAAGGCAGUUAAUUUUAGAAUGAGGGAGAAAUUAGCCGUAUUCUGGCAACCACCAUGCAUUUCCACAGUACAGACUCACAAACACAGGCCCAGCUCACCAUGUCUGAGAAAAUAAAAAGUCAAGCAUAUAUCUGAACCCAGGCUUGUGGUUUAUCCCACUCCAGGCAAAUGACAAGCUUCAGCCAAGGUUUAAUCUAGGCCAGGCAUCCGCAUCCUGCAGCCCUCUAGAUGUUUUGGCCUACAACUCCCAUGAUACCUAUCUAACAGGACCAGUGGUCAGGGAUGAUGGGAAUUGUAGUCCAAAACAUCUGGAAGUCCAAAGGUUGCGGAUGCCUGAUCUAGGCUUACCUCUCAUGGUUUAUCUGGGAGAGACAAAACCCAAGCCCACUGCUUGGGUUCCAUGGCAGGAGCCCAUCUAUGGAAUGUCAUCUUUUAAGGAAGACCCAACGAUCGCAGAGUUUCAGCCCACAAAUGAAUCAUCGCUAGUUCUGUGUGUCAUGUUAUCUUCGGCUCACAGGUUUCCUUAUGGGAAAGCAGGCCUUACGGGAGAUCUAAACAGCCAAAACUUGCAGUUUAGGGACAACCCUGGUUUCUCAAAUGUCCCCAAAGACUGCUUAUCCUGCAGGCAUUUCAAAAGCACCGUGAAAGUGAAUAAAUAGGUCAAUGAUUAUUAGCAUCGCCAUAAAACCUGAAAUAAAUAAAUAAAUGCCAUUGUAUUGAUGAGUUACUAAUUACAGAAACUGACAAGGGUUCCUGUUUGAUGGCCAGCACCUUGCUGACUGGCAAAAAUUCCUCUCCUCUUUCCCAGGGACACUCUCCAACCAGAAUCACGUUGCUCCAGUUAGGUUUUUCAUUCCAGACUGAAGCAGAAGGGUCUGCUCUGAGGCUUGCCUACUGGUUUACUUGUCCAGAAUAAACCUGAAGCCGGAACCGCUUCAUGUAGCAUUUUGCAAAUAGCUCUAGGAGAUAACCUGGUUUCGAACUACGUGUUAUUUGGACAACUACAUAUCGAGACACAGGGCUGCCGCUGAAGAUGGCAUCUCCGCAUUGAGUUGUCUUCUGAAAUGUGUAGUAGCAACACUUAACUUUGUUGCCGAUUCUCCUGCUUCCCAACAUGAGCUGCCAUUUAUAGGGGCACAGAAACACACCGGAUGAUGUAGGAGGAUGCAGAUACCCUAUUCCUGAACAGAAGGGAGAUGCUUGAAAACUCUCUUAAAGUAAAUAAAUGAACAAAGAAACCACAGAGCAUCACCAGGCUCUGCCUUCCAAGACUUGGGGAACUUAGACGUUCCUUUUUCUGUACUGGCAAAGUGCAAUUUAUUUAUUUAUUUUGCUUUCUUGGUGGAAGAAACUGGUGUGGGCUUCAUGUUAACAACACAUCUGCUACCCCACUGUCAGGUUGUAGGUGCGGCUUAGAGAGCCAUAACUGCACUGCUUGCCUAUGAUGUCGAAAGUUUGUUUUUUGCUUUUCUGAUUUGUUUCACUUGGCUAUUGGCAUUUGCAGACAAGUGAUUUUAAUUACUCCAGGAAGAGUGCUACGUUGUAUAAUAAAAUCCUGGUUUACAGUUAUUUAUAUGAUGGUGCCAAAGAGUUUGUCUGGUCAGGUGCCAGGAAACUCAACAAGGAGCCAGCUGAUGCUUUUGAAUAUGCAGAGCAAGUCUUCCCUCAGUAUAUGUGGAAACUUUAAGAUGGAACAUCCCAAUAGUUACUGUGUUGGUUCUGUUAUGAACUGCAGAGCUUCUAACUCCACUGUUGACUUGGGGUCCUGGUUAUUUUAACUGAGACACAAUUCCCUCACCGUACCCCUAUCAAGUAGUUGCUUAAAAAUAAUAAUAAAAAAGGUAUUUGUUAUGAACUAUGAUCCUUCAGGGUUGUGUCUUGUCUACUUUCCACUAAUCCAAGUAAUCCCUGUGAUUUCCUCAAGAUUUAAAAUAAUAAUAAUGCUUAUUAUUAGUGAUGUACCCCCAAAACAAGGUGUGGCACGACACAAGUUAUGAUACAAGCCCUGCCCAGUGGGCUAUCAGUCUAUUUAUUCAACAAAGAAUGAAAUACCUAAAUACACAAUAUUCGAGCUACAAUAGUAAAUACUCCUGGAGGUUAGACCAAUUAUCUGUUUAAAUGUUUAUACUCCUAAAUUAAUAAAUCAUAAAGUUGGAACAGAUUUGCAUAAAUUUAGAACCAGAUCAGAGGUUUUGUUGGUGUGUGGAUUUUAAUGCAUUGAUGGGUAGAAAUAACGAACAAUGAACAAAUGCAGUCCUUUAGACAAUGAUGAUGCAAAUAUUCUGGACAUACAGUAUAUUCACAGGAUAAGGUUAUUAACAAAUAUGAGCAAAUUCUCUGUUCUGUGAUAUGCACACAUCUGUUACAUUGCCAAUGUGGGGGGCUUCUGGGUAAAAAAACCCUCUUGUUUAUCUCCAGAUGGGGGUGGUGUAGUUGAUUCUAUCUUUGUUUCAUGUAACAUAAUUUACAUGUAAAAAAUAUUUUUGUUGUAAGUACUCUGAGGUAUGUAUUUUAAUACAUACUAGGAAUGUAUAUUUUCCCUCAAAAUAAUAUUUAAAUGCCCCUCCCUUGAAUAUUCUAUUUAAAUGCAUAUUUUGCUAAGUUUGAAUAACCAUGAAUUGCAUUGCAACAUUCAGCAUAACACGAAACUUGGAAUUUACCUUUUCUAAAGCCAUAUAACGCCGAAGCUGAUAAGAUUUUCCUAGAUUUCUUUUUUACUGUGAAUUUCCUGUAUCCAAACCCAGUCACUGUCCUUUACAAUGCUAUUGAUGGAAAGCAAACACUAGUUAUGUUGUUUUCUUGGAUUUAUUAUCUAUACUGAUGCAGAAACUGUUGUAGCAACGGUUGUAGCAUUCUGUUGCAACAAACCCUUCAAAGACUUUUUGGGAAAGUGAAAACGAGGAUCACUUACUAUUUUCUUUUUCUUUUCUCUUGCCUUGUAAAAGAAUUGUACUUUUGUGCCUUUCUUUGCCGCGAUCGUUUUGUUGACUGGAAGAAAAAUAGAUGGUCAUAGAAUUGUAGAGUUGGAAGGGACCCUGAGGCUCACCUAGUCUAACCCCCUGCAAUGCAGGAAUAUGCAGCUGUCCUAUAAUGGAAUCAAACCUGAGACCUUGGUGUUAUCAGCACCAUGGUCUAACCAAGUGAGCUAUCCACAAGUACUCAUGCAUCACCUUCAACAGACUUUCCCAAACAGUGGUCCACAGACCACCAGUGAUCUGAGAGCUUCAUUCAGGUGGUCUUUGGCAUGUCUGUAAAAACAAACAAACCCAACAACCAUUAAAAAUCAUGCAGCAUCUAGCACGGUGCAUUUCAAUUAUUACAACAGGCAGAAAAAUCAUGAAGUGGCCCACUAAGACCCUUAAGGGAUGCAGGUGGCGCUGUGGGUUAAACCACAGAGCCUAGGACUUGCCGAUCAGAAGGUUGGCGGUUCGAAUCCCCGCGAUGGGGUGAGCUCCCGUUGCUUGGUCCCUGCUCCUGCCAACCUAGAGGUUCGAAAGUACGUCAAAGUGCAAGUAGAUAAAUAGGUACCACUCUGGUGGGAAGGUAAACGGCAUUUCUGUGCGCUGCUCUGGUUCACCAGAAGCAGCUUAGUCCUGCUGGCCACAUGGCCCGGAAGCUGUAUGCCGGCUCCCUCGGCCAAUAAAGUGAGAUGAGUGCAGCAACCCCAGAGUCGGUCACGACUGGACCUAAUGGUCAGGGGUCCCUUUACCUUUUUAAGACCCUCAGCAAUUUUCUGUGGGGGAAAUUUUGGGACUACUUCCUAUCACACCAACUAUGUAUAUAAGCAUUUACUUGGCCGUCAUUUAAAUCACAGAGAGCAUUUAAUUAACGGUCAAGGCAAAUCUAAGGAACAAGAGUUUAUUGAAAUGGUGUCCAUGGCUCAGAAUGGCGAGUUAUGAAAUUCCCGCUAUGUUACAAAAAAAAAUAGGCUUAUUCCCAAGUUGUGUGCAUAGGAUUGCAAGCAAUGACUUGCUCAGUGCUACAAAGGGAUUUCAGCUGCUCUAGUGGCUAAGAGACUGAGAGGAAGUUAGGGGGCUACAUCCUCCCCUUGCCCUCAUGAGAUCAUUAAAUGGUCUUAGUCAAACCACUCAUGUAAUAUGAGGGUGAUAAUAAUACUAUAAUGCCACAGGGUUGCCUUAAAGGUCACUGUGAGAUAAUGUACGCAAAACACUCCAUCUGAAAGUGCUGUUUAAGAUGAUAAAUGUUAUUACUUGGAAACGGCUUGCAUUUAAAGGGAAGUGCUUUGUUCAUCACCAUAAUACAUUUGGGGAAAGGUCUGAGGGAGACCAGACCAGCUCUGUCUAGUCAUUAAAGGUAAAGGUAAAGGACCCCUGACAGCUAAGUCCAGUCGUGGACGACUCUGGGGUUGCGGCGCUCAUCUGGCUUUACAGGCCGAGGGAGCUGGUGUUUGUCCACAGACAGUUUUUCCGGGUCAUGUGGCCAGCAGGACUAAGCUGCUUCUGGCUAAACCAGAGCAGCACACGAAAACGCCGUUUACCUUCCUGCCGGACCGGUACCUAUUUAUCCACUUGCACUUUUUGGCAUGCUUUCAAACUGCUAGGUUGGCAGGAGCAGGGACCGAGCAAUGGGAGCUCACCCCGUCACAGGGAUUUGAACCACCGUACUUCUGAUCGGCAAGCCCAAGAGGCUCAGUGGUUUAGACCACAGCACCACAAGAGGCCAUAACACCCAUGAUUUUGGUAUGUGUAUGCUUCAUUUAUUUAUUAUACAGAAAGCAGAAUGGCCAUAAACUAUUAACUUUCAGGGCUUCUCUAAUACAUCGCCGAAGAAUUGAUGCUUUUGAAUUAUGGUGCUGGAGGAGACUCUUGAGAGUCCCAUGGACUGCAAGAAGAUCAAACGUAUCCAUUCUUAAGGAAAUCAGCCCUGAGUGCUCACUGGAAGGACAGAUCGUGAAGCUGAGGCUCCAAUACUUUGGCCACCUCAUGAGAAGAGAAGACUCCCUGGAAAAGACCCUGAUGUUGGGAAAGAUGGAGGGCACAAGGAGAAGGGGACGACAGAGAAUGAGAUGGUUGGAUGGUGUUCUUGAAGCUACCAGCAUGAGUUUGGCCAAACUGAGGGAGGCAGUGGAGGACAGAAGUGCCUGGCGUGCUCUGGUCCAUGGGGUCACGAAGAGUCGGACACAACUAAACGACUAAACAACAAAUACAGUGGUACCUUGGUUCUGAAACUUAAUCCGUUCCAGAAGUCUGUUCCAAAACCAAAGUGUUCCAAAACCAAGGUGUGCUUUCCCAUAGAAAGUAAUGCAAAACGGAUUAAUCCAUUCCAGACUUUUAAAAACACCCCUAAAACAGCAAUUUAACAUGAAUUUUACUAUCUAACGAGACUAUCGAUCCAUAAAAUAAAAGCAAUAAUCAAUGUACUGUACUAUAAAAUAAAUAAAACAGCAUUGUAGAUGAUAAAAAUUAAAAUUAUUAUUUUUUCUUACCUGUACUGAUGAUAGUCAUUGUUUGGGUGGGGUAUCGAUUUCCGCAGUCACAUAAUCAGUCAGUCAGUAGCUGAACUGGGAUCCGCACAGUCACAAAAACAAAUUAACUGAAAAAGCCUCAGAACAAAAAACGCAAAAUAAAUAGCAAAAACAAAAGCACCAAAUAUAAGCUCUAAAAUAUCACCUUAGAACAUUGCAAUUGGAAACAGAAGGCUUGAAUUACAAUGGGGGGGUGCAAAUUAGCAGUGCAACAGGAAACACAGGGGGGCUCAAAACGGAGCACGUUUGGCUUCCGAAAAAAGUUAGAAAACCGGAACACCUAUUUCUGGUUUUGCAGCAUUCGGGUUCCAAGUUGUUCGUGAACUAAGCUGUUCAAAAACCGAGGUACCACUGUAUCCUCAGGGUGUUGGAACCCCUAGGAAUGGACGCUGAUUAUGUUUGCUCACUUCCCCCCUGUUGUUUGUAUGUAAACCUUUAACACUGCAUAAAUAAAAGGUUUGUAGUUCUUGUUACAGGAAGGUGGAUCCCUCUCUCUUGUAGUGGGGUGAGGCAGGGGUUUCUCUGAUCUUCCUCCAACCCCCUCCAUAGCCAUUCCACGGGUUUAAAGGUCUUGAUCUUGUUGACAGUCCUUGACCCUCUUCUGCUGAGAUUUUAAAGCCAGUUAGAGCCAGUUGCCUGAUAUACGUGCAUUUGCUUCUUGUGGAACUGUAUGGCAUGAGGAUGGCUGGCUGGUGGAAUUCCUCCCAAGUUGCAUAAACUCAUGAAGACUUUUGUUCCUUGCAUUUGGAAUCAGAAAAAGAAAGCCUGGGGAAGUAUGUUCAAUAGCAGAGUAGUUAUAAUUCCAUCAGGGUAAAGGUCACCCUAUUGCUGCUUAUAUAAAGCAGCUACUAAAUUGUAAUGCAUAUCACAAUGACUGACCACACAACUGCUGAAAAAAAAUGACUCUUGGAGCAUAACAACCCCGGUUAGGUGCAUUUGAGGUUUUCCUUAUUUUGACAAACUAGGCCAAUGAAAGCCAACCCCAUAAUACUUUUACUAGUUUCUAGAGUGCUGAGUUUGUGGCAAAAGACUAAUUGCAGCCAUAAAACCCUGUUGAAUCUGCAUCUUUCUUCUGCCUCUGUACUGCCCCUGUGUGGCCUAGGAUAAAUACUGCAGAAGCUGAUAAGACUCUUCAUUUGCCAUAUGGAUUGUUGUUUUUUGCUCUUCUCCUUUGUCAGAUUCUGGAUUUCUGCAAACACCACAGGAUCAUACCUAUUAUUAUUAUUAUUAUUCCUUCCCAUUCACACCCUUUCCUUCCAUCCUUGUGGAGAGAGCAUAUGCUGUCAGCCCCCAUAAGGAGUCUUGAACUUCAAGAGCUAAUUUCUCACUGGAGCAAAAUGUGAAUAGUUUUUUUUCUUCUUUCUUUCUCUCUCACCUGCAGGAUCUGGGAGACUCCACUCCUCCUGGCUGCCAAGGAGAACAAUGUCCAGCUUAUCAGGAAAUUGAUCUCGGAUGGUUCCUGUGACGUUUUGCAAAGAGGUACUUAUCCUAGGGGAUGUGGGUGGCGCUGUGGGUUAAACCACAGAGGCUGGGGCUUGCCGAUCAGAAGGUCGGCGGUUCGAAUCCCCGCGACGGGGUGAGCUCCUGUUGCUCGGUCCCUGCUCCUGCCAACCUACCUAGCAGUUCGAAAGCACAUUAAAGUGCAAGUAGAUAAAUAGGUACCGCUCCGGCGGGAAGGUAAACGGCGUUUUUGUGCACUGCUCUGUUUGCCAGAAGUGGCUUAGUCAUGCUGGCCACAUGACCCGGAAGCUGUAUGCCGGCUCCCUUGGCCAAUAAAGUGAGAUGAGCGCCACAACCCCAGAGUCGGUCACGACUGGACCUAAUGGUCAGGGGUCCCUUUAUCUUUACCUUUGCUUAUCCUAGACCCCUACCAAUGAGAGCAGCGCAUGGUCCACUGAAGAGCCACAUUAAACUAAAUUGCCUUGACCUAUCAUAGAAUCAAAUAAUUUUAGAGUUGGAAGGGACCAUGAGGGUCAUCUAGUCCAAGCACCUGCAAUGUUUUAGCUUUGGUUCUGCCCAAUGGAAUUGGUACUGCAGCCUAGUUUGUACUAUCUAGGCUGGUGUCCUAAGGCUUCUCAAAUACCCCAUAUCACUUGGGUACAUUCCUUAUCUUUAUUUAUAGUUACAAGCCAUACUAGAGGGAUAGGGGAAGCAGCCUCCCCUUUUUUGGUCACAUGGCCACCACGUUCACAAAGUGAGGGUCAGAGAGUCUAAUUCUCACAACAAAAGGGGACAUAUGUGCGGGGGGGAACUGAACCGUCCCUUGUCCCCUGCCUGUCACAAACGAGACGUAGCCAAUGUGGUGCCCUCCAAAUGAUACUGGAUUACAGCUCCAGAAAGCAUGGCCAAAGGUCAUGGAUGAUGGAAGUUGUAGUCCAAAAGGGCAAGGAUGAUGGAAGUUGUAGUCCAACAACAUCUUGAUGAACACCACAUUGACUAUCCCAGACUUACAGACACUCUUCUUUCUUCACACCUCUACCAGAGUUUGAGUUGGGAGAAAAGUGUCUGAAACAAUGGAAAUUGAGGAGGGGAGCAUGUAACUUUGCUCACUCACUCUCUCAACAUGUCCCCUUUUCACUAUAAAAAUAGAACUUUUCAUCCACCCAGGGGCUUAAAUGUGAACAAGUCAGGCACCUGGAUGCAUAGAUGUCUAGCUCGGCUCCAAGUGCAGUUCAGUCUUAGGUGACCUUUGUGUUUCCCUCGUCCUAUGCAGGAGCGGUGGGAGAGACAGCCCUGCACAUAGCUGCUCUCUACGAUAACACGGAAGCUGCAAAGGUGCUCCUGGAGCUGGCUCCAGAACUGAUUAAUGAAAAGAUGACGUCAGAACUCUAUGAAGGUAAUUGCUGUCAAAAUGCAGAUUGCAAUUCGCAUAGAAAAAGAUGAGCAGUUAUAAUAUUUGCAAACUCGUAUCAUAAUGCGAAACGGAUAAUAACAGAUAAAAUGCAUGUAUGACAAUGAGUGGAAGUUUGUCCUUUUGCUUUUGCAAUAGCUGAUAAAGGGUAGUGCAGAAGAAGUGCAGCGGAAAUGGUUUUAGAGAGAGAUGGAAAUCCCAAAUACAGGAUUCAAAAGAUGUGGGUCAUUAUUUUUCUCAUUAAAUAAAUCCUCUGAAGCAUGGGGUGGAAUUCAGUGCUGUGCACUUCCAAUUGUUCUGUUUGUGAAAGCAUUACAGCUCACCAGAUGGAAGGAUCUCCCUCUCUGCUCCACCCCAUGUGUUGAUCCAAGGGGUUCUCUUAACUCCUCAAGCAAAUUUGGGGGAUUCAGGAGGGGGGGAAGCCCCCUUGCACAAAUGCAAUUCCUUUAGUAGGCGUCUGUUGAUGGGGCUGGUUAGGUGAAACUUACCCAUGUUGUUUUUUAACGGCUCCGAAAAACAAAAUGUUGCUCUCAAGUCUGCUAGCAUUUGGCAGAGUAACACUCCCAAAGGAUCGGUACAGAGAAUGUCUUGGUGCGAGUCUUUAAUGGAAGGUUUGCUUUGUUUGUUUAAUGUGAAUUGCAGGACAAACACCUCUCCACAUUGCAGCGAUCAAUCAGAAUAUAAACCUCGUGAAAUGUCUGGUCAAGAAAGGGGCUCACAUCUCCACUCCUCGAGCUACGGGACUCUUCUUCAGGCGCAACCCCAAAAGCCUCUUCUACUUUGGUAUGAUUUGCAUCGGCCGCUCCAGAGAACGGGAUUGCUUCUGGUAGCUGGUAGAAAUGUUGGGCCCCACAAGGUUUAGCAGAGCUUUCCAAAUUCCGUGUCUUGACACGUUCAUGUGUUGCGCGAACACUCCCCACGCUCCUCCCAGGGCCGGAAACCUCUGGUUUGCUAGUAAAACAAGGAUGGCCACUGAAUCUGUCCUGGAAGAGUGUUCCUGGAAGAGUGUUCCACAUUCAGACCAGCAGCACUGAAUGUCCAACUCCUAGUGGAGAUCAGUCGGGCUUCUGUAAUGUGGGGGACAAUUUGGUGCCUCUGUUCAAAACCAGCACCCCAAGCAAGUUCAGACAGCGGCUCUGCCCUUCACAUCUAGAAUUGCCAUUUAGCAACAAGCAAUAUAUUUCCUAUGGGAUGCAGGUGGCACUGUGGGUUAAACCAUAGAACCUAGGACUUGCUGAUCAGAAGGUCAGCAGUUCACAUCCCUGCAACGGGGUGAGCUCCCGUUGCUCGGUCCCUGCUCGUGCCAACCUAGCAGUUCGAAAGCAUGUCAAAGUGCAAGUAGAUAAAUAGGUACUGCUCCAGCAGGAAGGUAAACGGUGUUUCCAUGCGCUGCUCUGGUUCACCAGAAGCGGCUUAGUCAUGCUGGCCACAUGACCGGAAGCUGUACGCUGGCUCCCUUGGCCAAUAAAGCAAGAUGAGCGCCGCAACCCCAGAGUCGGUCACGACUGGACCUAAUGGUCAGGGGUCCCUUUACCUUUACCUUUAAUAUAUUUCCUAGUAAUGUUGAGUGCGACAUCUAUGGCUGUAAUAAUGCCCAAUUCAUACAGACAAGUCACCAAGUGAUAAGACAAAACACCCUUGACACCAGCUGCAUUGAAUAAGAAAGAAAGAAAGAAAGAAAGAAAGAAAGAAAGAAAGAAAGAAAGACAACACUGUCCCAGACAUAAAAACCACCUUGUUCUAGACAAAAUUCUCUUCCAACCCCAAUUACAAAUGGCAUGACAAUUUAAAUCUCAGCCUGAUACCUCCCCGACCCACACCUCCAGUGAUCUGCUUUGUUGAGAUACGGAUUUACCCCCUUCAUGCUGCUAGAUAGAACCAUUACAGAUGCAUAAAUGUCCCACAGCAGGCACAAUCUUAGAAGAGGCAUUCUCUGCAUGAAAAAGGAGGAAUAUCUCUUCUAAGAAGGCAGCCAUCACCUACAGCUUUUGUAACCACCUGUAUCUUCUUUGUGAUUAAUCAGGGGGCACCUUAUUAAUGAAUGAAAAAAUUAGUCUAACCAGACUUUGCCAACUUGGUGCCUUCCAGAUGUUUUGGACCACAACUCCCAUCAUCCCCAGCCAUCAGGUGCUCCUGAGGAUGAUGGGAACUGUAGUCAAAACAUCUGGAGGCCACCAGGUUGUCAGACGCUGGUUCAACCAAUGAGCCAGCCAAAUGUUGUAGCCUUAAUUACUAAACUUCAGAGAAAUAUCCCCUCCCCCUCCAAAUCCUUGGGUCUUGUUUUAAUCCUGUUUUGUCCCUUGUAUUCCUCUUCAGGGGAGCAUAUUUUAUCCUUUGCUGCCUGCACAGGAAAUGAGGAAAUUGUGAGCUUCUUGGUGGAAAAUGGAGCCGAUAUAAGGGCACAAGAUUCUCUAGGUAAGAGGCCUGCAGUCAGGAAAAUUAAUUUCUUCUUUGUAGUAAAAUGGGGCAAAUAUUUUUUUCUGGGUUGAUCAUGGUAGAAGCCGUUGAGUUAAAAUUUGAGGUGGAAGACAUCUAAUUAAAUAUCAUCUUGCUGCAAACGUACCCAUAAGCCGGACAAAUCACACCUGCACCAUUCCUUGUCUAAGAAAGAGGGUUGUUAUUAGAUUAAGACAUGCAUUGCUAUAAUGAUUGCAUGCUUUUAACUGAUUCAUGGAUCAGGCAAUUAUAUUUACAUACCAGCCCCUCAAUACUAAUUAGCCUUAAGCUGAUUAAACAAUCUAUGACCUUUUAAACUGUGUGUGGGGGUAUUGUUUUCGUUUGUUACUAUGUUCUGUAUUUUUGUGUUUUAAUAUUGUAAACCGCCCUGUGAGUCUUGGAUGAAGGGCAGAAUAGAAAUGUAAUUAAAUAAAUAAAAUAAAGCAGCAUAUCACAAAAGUGUUCAUAUACUGAGGGGGUGGUAAUUUUAUAUGUGUAUAUUUGCCCGAUCAAUGAACCAAUUACACGUGUGGGACAAAUGACCAAUAGCCCAUUAUUAGACAAAGGAUGAUACAGGUGCAAUUUAUCUUGUUUAUGAAGUGGGUUUUUCUUUACAAUUUUAAUUCUAGUUUCUAUUCUUUCUUAAAAAGGACAUUUUUAAUGCGUUAUUUUUCAUUGCCUGGGACAUACCACAGCUGAAAUAGCCUCAAAAAAAUGCCAGGUGGUGCUCAGCCACAAUCUUUAAAAUUGUCCUCAUCAGUUUAACAUUGAUUUAAUCAAAUACUUCCAUUGGUUUAAAUAUACUGAUCACAUCUGAGCAGAGCUUUACCAAAUAAUCUGAUAUUCGCGCAGUAAUCAUUGCCACUCAACUGCUGUGUUUUAUAACUUCGGUUCCCUGAAUAUGGUUCUCUUAUGCUGUUUCCAUUUCAGGUAACACUGUUCUUCAUGUCCUAGUACUUCAACCCAACAGAACCUUUGCCUGCCAGAUGUACAGUCUGCUGCUUGCCUACGACAAACGAGAGGCUGGCCUGGGACCUUUCGACUUGAUCCAAAACCACGAAGGCCUCACUCCAUUCAAACUGGCUGGAGUCGAGGGCAACACUGUGGUGAGCACACAGUCCAACUAAUCAAUGUAGGAGACACCUUGAAGGGGGAAAAAAGUUCUUUUAAAGCAAUGGAAUUUCAAACUUGUGGGCACAUGUAGAAAAAUUAUUUGCACAACCAAUAAAUUCUAGUGAUUUGCAGAUCGCCAUUCCUACCUCACUCCAGUUUGCAAAACUGGAUUGGUAAACAAGAUCAUUGCCGAAACAACUAUUCUGAAAUGUGUACAAUAGAUUAAUUAUGCACGAGGCUUGGCCUACAGGUUUGCUCAUGCCCAAUUAGGUGAACAAGUACAAAAAUUUCAAAGGUAGCUGUGUUUCAUCAGUUCAAAUAUUUCAGGAAGUGCAAAUUAAGUAGGUUUUGGCUUCAGGGACUUCCGGGUCAGCGCCAUCGGUGAAUGGCGGAGUUCCUCCGACCGGAGGAACGGGCUCCGUGGAAACUGGGUCUUCCCACCGCGGCGAAGGUGGGGACCCGCUAGAAAUCCCAGGCGGAGGAAGCCUGGGAACGUGGGGUUCGGCAGGGCACCAGGAGCGCCCCCCCUACUCACCGGGAACCCCAUUUUGGGGCGCCGGAGCAAAGUGGGGUGAGUGGCGCGGUGCUGCGAACUGACUGCUAUUUUCACGGAGUGAAGCCGCAUAGCCAUUGCCGGAGAGCGCUGACUUUUUCCUGUGGACAAUUGGAUUUAAAACAAGUACCCGUGAGUAGAAACGGAAAAUUGGAUUAAGAAAUAUCUCAAUUUGGCAUCGAAGCGGGAAGGUUCAAAACAGGAAGUCCGCCUUCCGCUUUUUGUAUAUAGACUAAAGCAAAAACUUUGUAAGCUAAAGCCUGGAAAGCUGUUUAAAAAGUCUAAAUUUCCUUCAUUCAGAAUUACUGAAACCCCCUUGGAAGCAGGAGAAAAGGGGGGGGGACUUUGUUCAACCCUAGCAGGAGAGGGAGUGAAGAAGGAUAAGUUUCCACCGUCUCUAACCUGGGAACGGGGUGUCAGAGACAGAAAUUGUUGGAGAGGUUCAUCGACUGUGAAUGGAACACUUUGACAGAUAGCUAAAGAAGAGAAACAAACUGAUUCCAAUGUUGCCUUUUGCAUUCUAAAGAAACAAAAUAUCUGAAAAAUAUCUGAAAAAUGAAAGUAAUUUUCCUUUGUUGAACUUGCCUUUAAAAAAAAAGGAAACAAAUAGAAAUUGUCUCCUCUAGAGGGAGCUUGUUAAAUUGUUGCUGCAGUAUACUUGAGGACUCAACAGCUGUGAGAUUAAGAUCGUGGGACCAGUCUCUUCUGACCUUGACUAAAGAUGAGCUGGGAGGAAGAUUGGGUGCUUGCUCUAUGCAAGACAAGUGCCUUGCUGGAACAGAUGCACGAGAAGAUGGAUUUGAUGAAUGAGAAAAUGGAUUUGAUGACUGUUGUGGUUAAUAAUUGUGGACAAACAGGGAACAUUGAUACAGAAAUCAUUCAGGAACCAACUCAUGAACCUGUACUGUCUGGGCAAGUGCAGAAGAUAAUGGAGGAGGAUGCGGUUGCACUUCAAAUAAUACAAAUGGAGAGACCCGAGGCCCUACAGGAGCAUAAGCUGCUGUCAUUGAAGAUAGAAGUUGGAGUGGGCCAGGGGGAGUUUGGAGCUGAGGAGGUUCCUAACUUUGGAGAGACCUGGAAAUAUACUUUUAAAUACUUUUUGGACUAUAGUGAUGACUGUGGGGAGUGGGUCUGUGGGGUAUGGGCGGGUUUGAUGAAGAGAGAUGGAGAUAAUUUUGGGUUGGAAUUCCCCAGAGACCUACUCCUCAAUGAGAAAGGAAAGAAAUUAAGAAAGAGACCAACAAAAGACAAGGAAAAGGGCAAGUAUAAACAAGAAGAAGAAGAACUGCAGAAGGGACAUGGAAGAGACUUAAGGGCCUCGGACAUAAGGCUUCCAGGUUGAUGGACUAGAUGGAAUAGACAGUAAGGACUGACACGAUCCGAGACCAGGAAGAAGAGACGUUGGAUGAAGAUUGGAAAAAAUUAUAAAUAAAAACUUUCUAUUUGGGGAAUUAGCUUAAAAUUAAUGAAUAUUAAGGAAAAUGUUGGAAUGAAACUAUAUGACUCUAGCAGAAAUGAUAUCAGGAGUUAUGUAUAUUUGAAAACUAAGAUUUAAGCUUUAAGGUAUUUUAGGGUAAGAUAAGGUUAAAUAAACUAAGGUAAUUUGAAUAACAGAAUAUGGGGAAAGAUGGAAAGGAUUUGUUGAGCUAAUUAUUAGGUUAAAUUGUUAAGAUAAAUUUUGCAACAAAAAUUGAGAAAGAUGGAAGGAAUUUGCUGAAAUAACUAGUUGAACUGGAAUGCAAGAAGGGAGGCGUGAGGAGGUCAAUGAAACAAGCAAAUGGAAGUUAUAGAUAAGUAAUUUGGGAUUUGUGGUUUUUUUCCUGUUUUCCUUUUUUCUUUUUAUCUUUUUGCUGUACUGUUGUACUGGUUUUUGCGUUUUCUUUUUUCUCUUUUUUAUGUAUUAUUGUGUUGUUUUUUAUUUUUUUUAUUAUUAUUUUCUAUAAUUCUGAAACUACUAAUAAAUAUUAUUAUUUUUUUAAAAAAUAAUUAAGUAGGUUUUGGGGUCAAUGAAUUUUCACCCAAAUGACAACAAUAAGCUCUGCCUUCCAACCCAAACAGUCCAGCACCAAGUCUUGGAUUUUCUGUAACCCUUGCUGUCUUUCUUCAGAUGUUCCAGCACCUUAUGCAGAAGCGGAAGCAUGUGAUGUGGUCCUUUGGGCCCAUUAACAACAUUUUCUACGACUUAACGGAAAUAGACUCCUGGAACGAAGACCAGCCUUUUCUAGAGCUUAUUGUCUCAACCAAGAGAAGAGAGGUACUGUGGAGCUCAGAUACUUUUUUUUUUUUGGUCUUUAUGGAAAAGAGGACUUGUGCUGGUAUUAUGGGAGGAGCAAUCUGAGUGGUCCUUAUGCCAGCUGUUCGUACAAUCCACAAUGUUUAGGACUUCCUUGGCCAGCUGAUGAAAGGAAGAAGGAGAAAAAGUGGUGGGAUUCCAGAACAGGAUUUGCAUCAUGGACUUCAACUUUGUGGGACAGAGUGAGAGAAUGCAGCCUUGCACUGCAAAUACACAAACUGUCCGUUGGAACAUUGCUGAAGCUGCAGGUGACAGUGUAGCUUUCCAGGCUAAAUGGUCUGUGCGCUUUUCUGUUUUCUCAGUGAAAUUAAUUAGGCUGUAAUAUGCACAAUAUUGGCUACCAAAGCAUUACAAGGUUUGAGCAGUUUGUAUUGAUGGAGAUGUUCUUUUAACGUCCAGAAAUACCAACUUGGGAAAGGACAGAAUUAUGCGUUACCGGCAUGCAGAGCUCUUUAAUAUAUAUAUAUAUUUCUGAAUUUCAAAAGUUUACAAAUCAAUACAUACAGUGGUACCUUGGUUCUCGAACUUAAUCUGUUCUGGAAGUCCAUUUGACUCCCGAAACCAUUCGAAAACCAAGGCGCAGCUACCGAUUGAUUGCAGGAGCUUCCUGCACUCAGUCAGAAGCUGCAUCAGACAUUCAUCUUCCCAAAAACAUUCACAAGCAGGAACACACACUUCUGGGUUUGCAGCGUUCAGGAGCCAAGCCAUUCAGGAACCAAGGUACCACUGUACUUUCCAGAUACACGUUCAUUUCACAUUCGACUUCCCCUCGUCCCCCUCCAUGGUUUCCCCCAUAAUUUCUAAAAUUGCUGCAUAUUAUUAAUAUUCUGUACCUUACCUUUUCCACACUGCUGCUCUUCAUUCAAAUCCUACAUGUGUUUUUACAUGUUCACAACAAUUCUUUAAAUAUUCCUCAAAAGGUUUCCACUCCUCCUUAAAGUCUGCCUCUUCUUGAUCUCUUAAUUUCCAUAGUUAAAUUUGCCAAUUCGGCAUGGCAUGCAGAGCUCUUUUCCAAACAGAUAGGCAUGCGUCCUUGCUUUACGUUGCUUUUCCUCUCAGAACAGAAUUCUAGAGAUAUCGUAGCAAAGUUCAGUGCUUUAUUCAAGUCAAAAGAAAAAAAAAUCUGUCUCAAGUACCUCUAAGAAUUACAGGAGUAGCCUCUGCACAGUAGCCUUCAGCCUGUACCAAGCUGGCCCUGUGUCCCCUAUUGUCUUCCAGCCUUCAUUAGGAAGGGAAGGGAAUGGCAGUUGUGUAUUCUGGGGCUUUGCAAUCUAUCUCAAAGUGUAAGUUGCAUUGUGGAAUAUUCUUAAAGAUCCAAGAAGCUGCCUGAAAUGCUCGCAUUACUAAUUGCAGUGGAUUCGGUGGGAUAAUGAAGCCUUAAUGCACACACAUCUAGCCUCAUGAAACUUGGCCAAGUUAGCGUCCUUGGUCCUUUAUUUUCCUGUUUGUUUUCCUCCUCCCACUGCAAACUGCUUCUACCCCUCUGGCCUCCUAAGAACCCCACUACAUACUGCAACCUUUCUUUUUCCCCAGGAUGCCCAUCAUUCAGUAUAGGCUGUUGGGAAGCUGCAACAGGGCUAGGGUGGCUGCUAGGGCUAGACUGUCACUUUUCAUAUGAUCCAGAAUCUUCCCAUGAGUAAAAUUCAGAAGCAGAAGCACAGGUUUGGUCAGAGGCAGUGCCUUGGAUUUGGCCUCUGAGCCUGAAAACACAGUAAUAACAAGGACUCCUAAGCUGCAAAGCUAUUGAGAAUUAUUCUGAAGCCUUGGCCAUUGAUUUACUGAAAACCCCAUUUGAAAAAAGUGUGUGUGUGUGUGUGUGUGUGUGUCUGUGUGUGUGUCUGUAUAUAUAUGUAUAUGUAUAUGUGUGUGUAUAUAUAUAUAUAUAUAUAUAUAUAUAUAUAUAAUAACCGUUGCAAACAGCAACUGCUUAAGACUACAGCUCAGUGAUACAGUACAUGCUUUGUAGUCCAAAUUUUCCAGGUUUGAACUCUGGCAACGCACCUCUCUUGCCCCUGAAAAACAAAUGGUUUGCCUGUUAAGACUUUGCAAACCCUGCUGUGAAAGUUCCAUAUGCUGUUUGGCAGUCUUCCCAUUAAAUUCUAUGGCUUGUUUAUUACAUGGGAAAUACUCCUCGCACAAUAGGCCUGUUAAAUGGCUUUGUGGCAGCAGCUGUUAUCAACCAGCUCGCCUGUAUGAUUUGGGACAUUUGACGUCACCGUACCUUAGUUUCUUUUUUUGACCUCUUUGCACUAUCAUAAACAUGAAAUGGCACUAUGGAAGGUGGCUGGAAGCACAUUCACAUAUGCAGCCUUGGUCUUUGACUACACCCAACACUGCAGCAUGCCGCUCUGGCUUGCACAAUGUCGUCCUUCUUUCCCUUUCUUUUUCAUUAUAGGUUUGUUUCAGAUCUCCUAUGCAUUUAGAGCUAUAACUAGCCCUAGAGAGUACCGUAUUUUUUGCUCUAUAAGACUCACUUUUUCCCUCCUAAAAAGUAAGGGGAAAUGUGUGUGCAUCUUAUGGAGCGAAUGCAGGCUGCGCAGCUAUCCCAGAAGCCAGAACAGCAAGAGAGAUCGCUGCUUUUGCUGCGCAGGAAUCCCUCUUGUUGUUCUGGCUUCUGAGAUUCAGAAUAUUUUUUUUCUUGUUUUCCUCCUCCAAAAACUAGGUGCGUCUUAUGAUCUGGUGCGUCUUAUAGAGCAAAAAUACAGUAAUUAACGCCCCCAUGCACCCUCUGCUGCUUCAUACUUCAUUUAUAGGUUUUGCCUCUGAGCAUAAAUUACAAAUCCUAGAUACCACCCAUGGGUAAGCGUCGGCCUGUACUGUAUACACAUCAGCACAAUUUCAUGUUUUAACAGUAAACUGGAGUCCCUGCCACAUGAUUUUGGACUUUGUUUCCCUGUUUAAUCCCUGGAAACGGUAUAAAUCCAGAUUAAAUGGUGGAAAUGAUAUGGCAUGGCAUUUUGAUAAGGAUGAUGUCCUGUGGAAGCUGCACAAAACAUGUCCGGUAUCCACCAACAAAGGGAUACUGAGCUUGUGCAUAGGAUAUGGCCAAUUGGACUGAUGGUUUUGCACAAAACGUGCUUGGAUUAGCAACACUUAGCAGUAAACGGCCAUGUGGAAGUGCCUGCUUCCACCAUCCCUCUCUCCCAUCUGCCUGCCCCUGUCCUAGGUUGCCUCUCUUUUAUUAAAUUAAUUUCUCAUGGCAAGGUAGCAGAUCUCUUGCAAGCACCAACACAUAACAAAGGUAUUAUCUGGCAUUCCCAUUGAAGUAUGUGUCGUACAGCUCUUUGGGCCUAUCUAUUAAUGACAUCAGUUGCUAGCAGAAGUCACGAGACGCUAUAAUCCCAUUUUCCACAUUGUUCUGUAAACAUUUUCCACUUUCCCUCCCCUGUUCUACCUUUUUGGCACCUAUAUUAUUGUAAAUCUUGGGUGGCGGUUUCAGAUAAGCAAAGUUGCAUUUAUGCUGGCUGUUAAAACUCCAAUAAAAAAAGAUUGCCUUCGCAGCCUGGUGAGCAAACUUCCCCACCUCUGUGUUCCAUCCUCCCUUUUAUUGCUAACUUUAUGCGCCUUCUGUUCACAGCAACAUGUUUGCUAUUGAAGGCCUCUUUUCCCUGGAUGAGAAACCUGUGGCCUUCCAGAUGUUGUUGCGUUCCAGCUCCCUUCGACCCCAGCCAGCAAUUCUAAUGCUUAGGGAUGGUGGGAUUUGGAGGCUAGCAACAUCCAGAGGACCACAGGCUCCCUAGCCCUGACCUAUGACCCUUUAACUCCCCCCCACCUUUUUAAAAAUCCCUUGCCACUCUUGUUCACUUUCUUGGCCCACCAGGAAAUGUCGUAAUAUGUCUACUUAGGGUUCCUUUCAGCAGGGAAUGGUGACUUAAGAUAUAAAGCUAAAUCCUUCAAAGAAGAGGCAGAAUUUGAGUGUUGCGAAGGGCAAAGAAUAACGCAAUCUAGGUGUUGUGGCAGAGAGCUUCCCCUUUAAGCAGAAAAAGGCAGAGCUCUUCAUAUCUGCGCCCCCCACCUCUACCUACAGCCAUCUAAUCUGCUCUCUGUUACACCAGGACAUAUACACACAACCACUCAAGACUAGGGAUGGAAUGAACUGUCCAUUUAAAUCUUCCUAGUUUCUCAUUUGCCCAAGCUAAAAUUCAGUUUUCUUAUGUUUUGCAGCAGUUUGAAAAUCAUCAGAGUUUUAGGGUGAAUUUCUCCUAAUAAACGCAUUUCUAUAUGCAGUUUUGACUUGUGUACACCUUUUUGCAAGCUAUUUCCCCUGAGUGAAUGCAUUUUUUGUAUGUUAACUUCCACUAGCGUCUUAAUUUUUUUAAUGUCCCCCUGAUGCAUGCAUUUUUGUAAACAACUGUCGCUUGGAGAACUCCAUCACAAAAUUCAGAUCAGUGUGGAAUUCCAAAGACUGUUUGUACGUUGUUUCAGAAAGUACAGAUCUGAGAGAUUCAGCUUUAAAUGUGAACUGAAUCAUAUUUCUCCUCCAUCCCUGUUCACGACAGAUAAGCAGUCUAACCCUUUUGUUCAGCCCUUUGGAAAGCAGCCCUGCCAAAUGUUUGCAGAGAUCUGCACUCAUUCUCCUCUAAGAAUUCGCCCUCACUUGGGAUGGAAAGGAGAGAGAGAGAAGGAGAGAGAGAGAGCUUUGUGGAGAUACAUUUUUUGUAGAAAUGUGUUUUUUCCAUCCUCCCUUCAAACUGUGUCCCAGUAAGAAAUGUCUUUUGGAGCUAAACUCAAUCUCUGCUUCUUCCCAACAGGCUCGUCGCAUCCUAGACAUCACUCCAGUUAAGGAGCUUGUGAGUCUGAAGUGGAACACUUACGGGCGCCCAUACUUCUGCUUCCUGGCAUUAUUUUAUGUCCUGUACAUUAUCUGCUUCACCAUGUCCUGCAUUUACAGACCUCUGAAAUCACGGUCAGAAAAUCAAACAGAUGAGCGGGAUAUGACCAUUGCCGUGCAGAAAACGCUGCAGGUGUGUAUGUAUGUGGUUCCCUCUGUUAAAAUUCAAUUAUUUUUGUUAAUAGCCUCUUAUAUAAAUAAACAGGCCUGUUCUAUUGGUCCACGUUUCUCAGUGAAUCCAUGCAUGCUGCAAAACGAGGCAGGAACAAAUAGUAAAACCCUAAAAGAAUUAAAAGGGCUUUAUACCAUUUAAGAUUGCAGGUGAGGAAAGCCGUAUCUCACUUUUGAAAACAUCCAUACUUAAAAUAAAGGGACGCGGGUGGCGCUGUGGUCUAAACCACUGAGCCUAGGACUUGCCGAUCGGAAGGUUGGCGGUUCAAAUCCCCGCGACGGGGUGAGCUCCCGUUGCUGUGUCCCAGCUCCUGCCAAGCUAGCAGUUUGAAAGCACGUCAAAGUGCAAGUAGAUAAAUAGGUACCACUCCAGCAGGAAGGUAAAUGGCAUUUCCAUGUGCUGCUCUGGUUUCACCAGAAGUGGCUUAGUCAUGCUGGCCACAUAACCCGGAAAAACUGUCUGCGGACAAAUGUCAAGCACCGCAACCCCAGAGACAUUCGCAAGUGGACUUAACUGUCAGGGGUCCUUGACCUUUUAAUACUUAAAAUAACUACCAUAGCAGAGACACAGCUAGGCUGGAACCUUUCUCCCUGAAGUUCCACAUUUUGAAAAAUUGCAUCUCCCCACCUGGAGCCUGAAAUGGCAGCAAUCCACUCUUCCAUCUCAGGAAGUUUAUUGCCUUGUCUUGCAUCUAUCGCCAUAGGAAGAAUUUGGAGAUGGCAAAGAGAUAAUCCAGGAAACCUGGGUGCAUUCCAGCUAUGUAUUUAUCCAUGUAAAAGUUUAUUGGCUGUGGUCUUUUUAAAGUUAUUAAUUGUGCCUGCAAAGUGCAAAGUAAACAACGUUUAUGAACUUUCAAAGCUGAAACAAGAACAGAAAGAAAACAGAAGAAUAUGAAUACAAAGCAAUGUAAAAAACAAAACCCUAUUUUUUUAAAGAUGCCUAGAAGCAAUGGGGGGAAAUCAAGGGUUGAGCCUUUCCAAGUUCAAUGUGUCGCUUUUUCAGGGCUUUCUCAUCUCCUUAUUCGUUCACUAACCAGUUGUCCUUUCUUCUCUGUUUUUAGGAGUCCUAUCAGACAUAUGAAGAUCAUCUCAGGCUGGUGGGGGAGCUGAUCACUGUGAUAGGAGCCAUGGCAAUUUUGCUCCUCGAGGUGAGGAAAACCAGCAACAGCUAUUGUUCAAACGAAACCAAAACCAGUCCACGAGCUCCCUCUUCCAUUUGGGUCGGCACUGAACUGUUGUGCUUCAAUAGAGCAUAUCUAGAUUACAAAAUUUUGAAACCAGUUCAGUUGUCAACACUUCCUCCAGAAAAACAUGGGCCCUGUAGUUUGGCCCAAGCACUUCCAACUGCUAGCAAACAACAGUGCAAACUAUGCAUGACUUGAUUACUAUAAUCAGCAGCUACCUAUCUUGCAGACUGAAAGAAGGCAAUCCAACUUGUUGUUGAUUUUAUGCACUGAGUCAAAUAUAGUUUGUGGUAUUUAUGCCAUUUAUGUUUGGAAGUGUUUGGCCAAUACACCCCAAAUUUCUAGAGUAGAUUCUACCUUGCCACUACUAUCCAUGUGAUCUAUGCUUGACUUUAUUCAAUAGACUCGGGGAAGCUUAUAUUUUAAAAUUACUUAUUUUGGGGACUAUAUCACUUCCACAACAGAUCUUAAUCUCCUCCCUAACACACUUUGACCCUUAAACUGGUACCUAGGAUACGGAAAAGCCCAAGGUGUUGUUGUUGUUGUUGUUGUUGUUGUUGUUGUUGUUAUAUACCACCAUUUACCAAAAGAUCCCAGGACGUUGUACAACAUUAAGAACACAUUUUAUGGAGCAUAAUAAUAAUUACAUAAUAUAAAGCAUAAUAAUAGGCAGCAUAAUAAAAAAGUAAUCAUAAUGAGGGUAGGCUGCUGGGCUGGACCAAAUGGCUAUGAGGGCACAAGUAGCUCCAGCUCUGGGUGAAAAACAGCUGUUCCUUUCUAACUGGUGCAAUUGUUUCAGAUUCCAGAUAUUCUAAGAGUUGGAGCCACUAAGUAUUUUGGACGAACCAUCCUGGGAGGACCUUUCCACAUCAUCAUGUGAGUCUCUACAUCUCCAAAACUCAUUAAAAACCCUCCUUUACUAACCUGCUCUCUGUCUCUUAUUCCCCAUCAUCCCACCCCUUUUAUGGGCUUCUUCUAUCCCAGAUCUCUUUCUUUGGAAAUCUCUCUGAGAGUCGCAACUAAUAUUUUCUGCUUGAAGUCAAAAUGUGAGUGAAUUAGUCAGUUUUAUUCCUCAGCUGGUAGUUCUGAGGAAUUUUGGGAGAAUCUAGUGAGAAUCUAGUCUCUCAAGAGGAUGCAGCGAUAGCCUCUAGGUUGUUCCCUGGGUUUUUCCUAGAGUAAAAUCUACCUCCAUUCUUUCCCCUCUAUCUUUUCACGCUACAAGAGGAUCUGUCCUGGAGUGUUAACACAAGGGGGCUUGUGAAGAAGGCGCAGCAGAGACUGUACUUUUUGAGAAUACUAAGGAAAAACCAUCUUCCGCAGAAACUGCUGCUUGCCUUCUAUCACUGUGCCAUUGAGAGCGUGCUCACUUAUGGCUUAUGUGUGUGGUACGGAAGCUGUACUGCCCAGGACAGGAUGGGGUUGUGCAGGGUUGUUAAGGCAGCAGAGAGCAUUGUUGGCUGCCCACUCUCUACCUUAGAGCAGAUCUAUGCCACAAGGUGCCAUAGGAAGGCACUGGACAUAGUAAAAGAUCCAUCGCAUCCUGGUCACUGUCUCUUCGAGCUCUUGCCGUCAGGACGGAGAUACAGGACGAUGAAGACAAGAACGAGCCGUCUUAAGAACAGCUUCUUCUCCAGAGCGAUCUCGGCCCUGAAUGGGAAGCCCGGACUUUGAAAGUCAUCUAAUCUCCCUUGCUGUAUUAUACUGUAUUGAUUAAUUAGUGUUUUUAUGGAGCAGUCAAGUAAUUUCGUUGUCCCCGAAGGGGGCAAUGACAAUAAAGAUAUUAUUAUUAUUAUUAGAUCCCUCCCAAGCAGACGAAGGCUGCGUCAAGGGGGCGAACUCCUCCUCUGGGCCUGUCUGGCCCAUUGCUCAGCCAUGUGCACCAUUCUUCUUGAUCAAGAUGUCAGAGGGGGAGACUACCCCACAGGACUGGGAGUGUCCUGCCACUGUGUAGCAGGGCCAACCCCUGAUUCCUCUCUGUCUGAGUCUGCGCUCACAUUGUGACUCUCAGCUUCUAAGCCUUUCCUGGAAGGCUCUCCUUCUCCUGCCCCCUCUUGAUUGCUCAAUCCCCUGCUUCUAGCACCUCCCAGCUUGUCCCUUCUACAGACUGCUCUUCAGUGUUCCACCACCAGGAUCUGGGAUCUAAGUUGUCUUCUUCUGUGCCCUCCUUGGGGGGCUCUUGGAUGGGCGGCUCCCACCACUCUUCCUCAUCCAGCCAGUCCCUGACAGCGGGAUAACCACCUGUAGGUGUCCACAUUCCUGAUCGUACCAUUUCCUUUGCAGCAUCGUGUAUGCAUGUUUGAUCCUGGUGACCAUGGUAAUGCGACUCACAAGCACCGAUGGAGAGGUGGUACCCAUGUCCUGUGCCUUGGUUCUGGGCUGGUGCAACAUCAUGUAUUUCGCUCGAGGGUUUCAGAUGCUUGGCCCCUUCACAAUUAUGAUACAGAAGGUGAGGAAUGCCACCGACCUUGUUGCAAAUUCAGAUACAUCAAUUCAAGAUUCUGUCUCCCAUUUGCCUCCUAUCUAAACUUCCUUCCAGAAGAAUCUGUUGCGUAGAAAGGGCUAAAAUGGCUGGCCAUGGCAGGAAUAGACUCCAAAAGCAGGAGAAAAAUGCCUUAAAUGCCAACAGUAGUUUCCCCAAAGCCUCCUAAGAGUUGCCAUGCUGAAUCAGACUAAUGGCCUAUCUGUUCCAGCAAUUUGGAGCUGGCAGUUUGAGGAUAGCUACAGCCUGCAAAGGGACGCGGGUGGCGCUGUGGGUUAAACCACUGAGCCUAGGGCUUGCCGAUCCGAAGGUCGGCGGUUCGAAUCCCCGCGACGGGGUGAGCUCCCAUUGCUUGGUCCCUGCUCCUGCCAACCUAGCAGUUCGAAAGCAUGUCAAAGUGCAAGUAGAUAAAUAGGUACCACUCUGGCGGGAAGGUAAACAGCAUUUCCGUGCGCUGCUCUAGUUCGCCAGAAGCGGCUUAGUCAUGCUGGCCACAUGACCCAGAAGCUGUACACCGGCUCCCUCUGCCAAUAAAGCGAGAUGAGUGCCGCAACCCCAGAGUCGGUCACGACUGGACCUAAUGAUCAGGGGUCCCUUUACCUUUACCUUUACAGCCUGCGAACCUACCUAGUCUACCUUUAAUUGUCCAAACUAGAUAUUUAUUGGGUGGGAAAUAACUGUGCUGUGGACAGCUUGGAUUUCACAACAUCUCAUUUCUCUCCUUCCUUUAGAUGAUCUUUGGAGAUCUUAUACGCUUCUGUGGCCUAAUGGCGGUUGUGAUACUUGGCUUUGCAUCAGGUAAGACAGAAACGGAUGGGUGCAUUGAGUGGCCGUGGGGAUUCAUAUCAGUUUUUUCUAGGCAAGAAUGGAGCUCAGAGGAACUGAGCUUCCAAAGAUAGGGUCCCUGAAGGAAGAGGGACAGAGGCAGUGCUAGAUUAAGAAGAAGAGAUCUGCAGGAAGGAUGUAGUGGGGGAUGCAGAGAACUGAGUGGAAGGAGUGUGGAACUGAGCAAAGACCAAAGGAGGGGGAAAAAGCUGGAGUGGAACCUCACCCUGAGAGAGCAGGGAACUGUGUACUAUUGGCAUGGAGUCAACAGGCAAGGAAGCUAGGAAAGAGAAGCAAAAGACAUGGUGUUGAUGUGCCUUCAAUAGUGUAGGUUCAGUGACAGUAGAUGCAGCCCGUAAACUGGAAAGUACACAAUUUUGGAAAGUGCUGGUUUUGACCCAUAAAGCCUUAAACGGCUCAGAAGCACAAUACAUCAAGGACCACCUCUCUCCGUAUGGACCUACCCAGACCCUGAAAUCAUCCUCUGAGGUCCUUAUUCGUGUGCCUCCUCCAUGAGAAGCCAGGAAGGUGGUAACACAAGAAAGGGCCUUUUCUGCAGUGGCUCCCCGUUCAGAGAGGUUCACCUGGCACCAGGCCAAAAAACAUUCCUCUUUAACCAGGCCUUUGGCUGGUGUACAUCCGAUGCCCUUUUAAAGCGUGUUGUGGAAGGGGGGAUUACUGGGUUGUCUUUGUUUUUAUUAUGUAUUUUCUAUUUUUUGUAUUGUGAUUUUAUGCUGUGAACUGCUCUGAGAUCUAUGGGUACAGGGCAGUUAUUUAUUAUUAUUAUUAUUAUUAUUAUUAUUAUUAUUAUUACUGCUGCUGCUAUUGUUACUAAUAUUGUUAUUAUUAAUAGAAUGCACCCUGUGCCCUUUCCCUUGACAUCUUCUGUAGUUGACCAGCCCUCUUUAUGUCCUUCCUUCCUUUCUUCCUUCCGCCACCAGCCUUUUACAUCAUCUUCCAGACAGAGGACCCUAAUGGCGUGGGACAUUUCUACAACUACCCCAUGUCUCUCUUCAGCACCUUCGAACUGUUCCUGACCAUCAUUGACGGACCUGCCAACUACGAAGUGGACCUACCUUUCAUGUUCAGCGUGGUGUACUUUGCUUUUGCGAUCAUUGCCACUCUGCUCAUGCUGAACCUGCUUAUUGCCAUGAUGGGCGACACCCACUGGCGGGUGGCCAGCGAACGGGAUGAGCUUUGGAGAGCACAGGUUAGAACAUAAUGUGAGCAUGGCAGAGAUUCUAGUGGCACGAGAAUGAGAAGUGCUACAAAGGCCACCUCUGCUUGCUUAGCACAUGUCCAAAUUUACACUGGUUUCAGUCUGGUUUGAGUUCCAUGGCUCCCAGGCAAGGAAUGCUGGGAAUUCUGGUCCUGUAGACAGCCUGGGGAUUUCUGAACAAGAAUUCUCAGCACUUCAGUCUGCACUUGGUCAAAUUAUUUGAGGAAGGCCACAAUCAGGAGAGCCAACCUGCCCUGCUAUUGAAGGGGGCCGACAUCUGAUGUCAUGCACCACAUCCUGUGAUGCGCUGACGUGGCACACCAUGCCACCACUCAACAUUGAGGGGGCCCAGCCCCCUCCUUAAGAAUUUCAGGGGGGAGGCAAAGUGCCUCACAACCCCUCGGCUGGCACGCCUGCCCGGAGUCAUGAAACUGGCUUCCUGUAGAUUGAGUGUGUAAAAAUGGUAGCUAUUGAUAGUGUCUGCUGCUGCUUCUCUAGCUAUGAUCUAGAUGUUACCUUAUAGCCUUAUAUUACCUCAAAUAUCACUUCAUUAAUAUUUUUUUAAAAAAAUAGUUGUUCUCCAUUAUUAAUCUGAAUUGCAUCCAGUAAAGUUUAAAAUUCAGAUAAUCUGAAACAGAUUGAUUUCUGAAUACAAACCUGUCAAGUCGAAGGAUUGCCCCCUGACCUCCUGUUCUUCUUCAGGUUGUUGCCACUACAGUCAUGCUUGAGCGGAAACUCCCACGAUGCCUCUGGCCUCGCUCUGGCAUCUGUGGGCGAGAGUACGGACUAGGGGACAGGUGGUUUCUCAGGUGAGUCCCUUUUGUCUAGUGCUGUAUUUGCAUGCAGGAAUGAAUGAGUUUGAUGGCACAGCAAUUGCAGCUAUGUCUGUCUGUCUUUCUGUCUGUCUGUCAUCUGUCUAUCUAUCGUAUCGUCUAUAUAUCUGUCUGUCUGUCUAUCACAGACUUCCUCAACCUCGGCCCUCCAGAUGUUUUUGGCCUACAACUCCCAUGAUCCCUAGCUAGCAGGACCAGUGGUCAGGGAUGAUGGGAAUUGUAGUCUCAAAACAUCUGGAGGGCCGAGGUUGAGGAAGCCUGAUCUAUCAUCCAUCUAUCUAUCUAUCAUCUAUCUAUCUAUCUAUUCUCUGUCUUCUAUCUAAUGGCAAUAUAGGAAGCAGCUAAGUCAGACCAUUAAGUGACUUGCAGCUCUGUUGGUUAGAGCUUCCUGCUGAUAACACCAAGCUUGAGUCCUUAACCUCAUUGUUUCUAAUCCGCGCAGGGUGGAAGAACGUUUGGAUGCCAGCAAGCAGAAGAUGCUUCGCUAUGCAGAGGCCUUUAAGGGCCAAGACAAAGAGGAUCUGGACAAGUUAUCCGGGAAGCUAGAGCUGGACGAUCCUUUCCGGAAGGAACCGUCUCCAACCGUCUCGCGGAGCACAACCCAGAGUAGUUUCCACCGCGGUUGGCAAAUCCUGCGGAACAACACCUUCAGCCACCUACGCGGGGAAGUGAACCACGCCUUGGAAGAAGAGGUCUACCAUGUCUGA